ACACAGACCCCAAAGAUCUGUAAUUAUCCCAGGAUUGCUGUGGGGGUUUGCCUGCCUUUUUCUCGUUAUUUUGCAUGUGCGAGCCCAUGUGCAUUUGUUUGUGCCUGUGAUCCUUCUCCUUCUCCGCGUUUGUUGUCCCCACUUUGGUCCUGGAGGGCUGGUGCGAGAGCUCUCACGCAUGUGUGUUAAGUGGGGGGGGUCCGGCUGUGCCAAAAAAGAACUGCUGAAGAGUCCGAGGGAGGCGGGCAGGGCUAUUUUUGUUCGAAGCUGAUACUUUUUGCUUGGGUUGAAGUCGCUGCCUGGGAGAGGGCUCAGGUUAUUUCCCGAGGGGGGGCAGAAGUGGGCAGAAGAGACCUAAAAGUUAAACGAAGUCCCAAGAAGCAGCUAGAACAGCGAAGAAAAAGCAGGGGCCCCCCACAAGUGAAAAGUACACCCUCGGGCUGGGCCAGCUCCAGUACCCCGAAGCUUUCUUCAAUCUGCCAUCUGAACGGCAACUUUCUGAAACUGAUUAACACUCACCCCUGCCACCAUGACUGAGAUCACAGCAGAAGGUCACACAUCUACAACCACCACUGUGAUAGAUGGCAAAAAUGGAUCUGUGCCCAAGACAUCUGGAAAAGUACUGAAACGAUCAGUGACAGAAGAUAUUGUCACGACAUUCAGCUCUCCAGCUGCAUGGCUCCUAGUUAUUGCCCUAAUCAUUACCUGGUCAGCUGUGGCAGUUGUCAUGUUUGAUCUAGUGGAUUACAAAAACUUUUCAGCAAGCUCAAUUUCCAAGAUUGGCUCUGACCCUCUAAAAAUUGUCCAUGAUGCUGUGGAAGAAACUACAGAUUGGAUCUAUGGAUUUUUUUCUUUGUUGUCUGAUAUCAUAUCUUCUGAUGGUGAAGAAGAUGAUGAUGAUCAUGAUGGAGUUGACACUGAUGAAGGAGAAGAAGAAGAGCCUCCCUUGAAAAAAAAAGAAAUUCACAAAGAGAAGGCUGAAAAGCUGGAAAAACCUGAAAAGAAAAUCACACCUAAAGUAACUCACAAAGAAAAACCAGAAAAAGAAAAACCAGCAAAAGAAAAACCAGCAAAGGAAAAACCAGCAAAAGAAAAACCAGAAAAGAAAGCAAGUCACAAGGAUAAAGAUGAGAAAAAAGAAAAACCAAAAGCAAGAACACCACCAAAAGAUGAGAAGAAGAGCAAGGGCUCAAAAGCUGAAGAAAAGAGUAAGAAGGAAGUGAAAAGUGGAAAAUCAGAGAAGGUGAAGCAAGCUGAUGCCAAAGCAAAAAAAGUGGAGAAAACACCAGCUAAACCCAAAGGCAAGGAAGAAAAAGGAACUGAAGCUGUCUCAAAAAAUGAACAGAAAGAUCAGUUUGCAUUCUGUCGCUAUAUGAUUGACAUGUUUGCCCAAGGGGAUUUAAAACCAGGUCAAAGUCCAGCGAUACCUCCUCCACUACCUAUUGGGCAAGUUUCCCAGCCUGAACUGGCAACAUCAGCUCUUAAAGGAAAAGUAGAAGAAAAGAAGAGAACUCCUGAAAAGAAAAUAAUUUCUGAAACUGAUAAGGAAAAGGAAGAUGUCAAGAAGAAAACUUCUGAGAAGGAGGCUGUAGUUGAGGUUAAAAAAAAAGAGAGUGGGAGACCUUCUGAAGCCAGACCAGGGACUAUAAAAGUGGCUACACAAGGACCAUCCAAAAAAGAAGACAAGAAAGAAGGUUCUAAGAUAUCAAAGUCAGCAGAUGACCGUCUUAAGGAAAAAAAACAGGAAAAGAAAGACAAAUAUGUGGAAUCAGAAAAAUCUCCAACAAAAGAAUCUUCUGCCCCAAGUGAAAAACAAGUAAAAUCAAAAACUGAACGAAGCAAAGUAGUGGUUGCUGCUGCCUCAACAAAAAAAGGAGCCACGGAAAAGGAUGAAGAAAAAUCAAUCAAGGAAGACGAGCAAGGUAUCAACACCAUAUUUAUGUCAAGAGAAUUUGAAGCUUCAAAAACAAAAACUGGGAAGUCUGCUUUAGAAUCGAAAGAAAAAGAGCCUAUUAAGGGGAAAGAAAUAAAUGGUACAACUUCCCUAAAGGACAGAGAACCUAAUGUUAAGAAAGAAGAAAAGCCCACAAAAACAAGUUCAGAUAAAGAAGAAAAGCCCAUAAAGACAAGUCCACAGAAAGAAGAAAAGCCACUAAAACCAGGUACACGCAAAGAAGAAAAAACAGCAAAAUCAGCUACACAGAAAGAAGAAAAGCCAACAAGACUAGCAUCACAUAAGAAAGAAGAAAAAACAACAAAAUCAGUUCUAAACAAGAUUCAAAUACAUAGAAAAGAUACUCUGAGGAUUGGAAAGUGUCUUUCUCUAGCUAAACCAGUACAAAAAGUUAUCAAGCAGACAAAAGCUGCUACAACUUACAAAACAGCUGCUACAACUUACAAAACAGCUGCUGCUGCAACUUACAAAACAGAUAAGAAAAAAACAGAAAAACAUGAAAAGGAAUGUAAAGCUCCAAAGAAGCAGCCAAAAGAGCAGAAAGCAGACAGAAGAGGGAAAGAAAAUGUUCGGCCUUUCAAUGGGACAAAAGAAGUCUUUGAUGAAAUGCCAAAGAGAUCCAAAGCUGAAAAUGAAGACCCGAAUCACAUGAAUAGAGGAAAAGGUGAGCUAUGGAUGUCUCAGGAGAGAAGAGGAGAGAGAGAGACAGACAGAGACAGAGACAGACAGAGAGAGGACGAGAUUCUAACCAGGAAAAAGCAUUUAACCAGGUCCCAUCAGUUUCUUCCAGUGUUACUAUUUGGAUGGGUACACUGGGUACGGGUUCCACUUCCCUGUUACCCCAGCCCAUCAUCAUCAUGGGAGCUCUAGUCAUCCAAAGUCACCAGGAUUUAAACAUCAACGACAAUAGGCAUGCAUGUAUGGUCCUAUAAUCUUGUAAGAUUCUGAAUGUUAGAUCUUUCCGUGUGAUAUGCCAGAUACUGGCAGUGUAACCCAUAGGGUCACUUGUAUUUGCAAACAUUUUCGUUCCCCACCUGGUACUAUGAAAGAAUGUGGACAAAUUGACUGAAAAAAUUAGGCAUACUGAAAACACCUUAUGUCAAGACUGAUGCUCAAGGAGCUUCAGUCAAAUUGUGUGUUUUUUUUUUUAUUGUCAUGUGCAUUUAAUUACCUGUACAAUUCCACUUUCUUUUUCUUAGAGUACAGCUUUUUCUGUUAUAUGGACAAUUUUUCAAUCCUGUGUAAACUUAAGCUUUGAGUUACCCAGUAAGUUGGAACUAAAUAGCUAACCUUGUUUACACAUAUUUGUAUUUAAAACUAUUGAUAACAGAACCAGGCCAUCUUUACUACGCCAUUUUGUUUAAGAUUCUUAUAGACCUUUUUCAGUGCUCAAAGAAAAUGAGGAAUAUGCCAUAUAAUACAAUCCAACAAACAUUUAUUAUAUACCUAUUGUAUACUGUGAGCAUUAUGCUAGGUACAUGGGAUACAGAGACAAAUAUGAAGCAGUCCAUGCCCUUAAAAGGUAUACAUUCUACUAUCUAAUAAGCCCAUCUAUAUUUUAAAUUAUGUCAUAUUCACCAAUAGCACUACACAGUUCAUUUGGACCCUCCUUGUGAAUUAUUUGUUUCCUAAUUUUAGGAAAACAAAAUGUGGCUUUUACAGAUAGUUCUAGACAGUAUUACAUAGGGGGGAAAUGCCAGCUGAAAGAAACUUCACAGUAAUCACUGAGAAUAGGUAAUAUAUCAGCAAAAAUUUCCCUUCACUUUGAUAAAUCCUUUCAGAGGAGUUGGAGGAAUUUGUUCUCUCAAAGUGGAAAUACUUGAAUGUCAACAAAGAUGGAGGAAGGCACUUCAGAUGUAAGUGCUGCUCCUAGAGCAUUUUAUUUAUUUUUUUCAAGACAGUCAAUCAUCAGUUCUAGGGAAAAGGAUAACGUAACUUUGAAGAGUGUUUCACUAGAAAUGGGAUGUUGAUGGUUGUGCUCCCAUUUGGCCUCCCUAGAGCUGUGAAUACCAAUGUUUCUUGACCACAUUUCUCCAUGGAUUCUAAAAUCCAUAUAUCUGUGACCUUCCUAACACUUAAGGUUGUUAUCUGAUUUAUGACAAAGUAACUCUGAAAAUAGAGUUAUUCUUGUUACAACAACAUUAUUUCAAAGGUUUAAGGCAACCAGAAGUAACACUAGCUUUAGCAAACCAUUGACUUUCAUGGGAUCCAGAUGAUUAUGGUCCUGGAGGUCAGGAAACUAAAGAGUAGUUUAUAAAUCAAGUCACUAAGCAAGUGUCUUAUUCAUUGCCAUUAAUAAUUAUUCUAUGAAUAAUAAUUUUAAGCCAAAUGAUAAAACGUUCACACACUAAAUGUUACUAUUACAACUAAUCAAUCUUGAUUGCACUCCUUAUAGUAGGACCCAGAUUAGAUCAGUUGAAAACUAAAUUGACCUUCACAUUAAAGAGUAGCUAGUUCCUCUAAGGUAGAGUUGAAGUAUGUGGAUGGGAUAGUGUGUGAUGUUUACUCUGUAAACACCUCUGCCAUACCUCUUUCAUGUAUGAAUAGAAAUUUAGAGCUAAUUUUAUAGUACUUUGAAUUCGAAGACUUAAUAAGAUAACAUGAACUAGUGGAUAAAGAGCUGUAGUGGAUCCCAGGGUACUAGGAUUCUCUUUUCGAUGCUAUCUAAGAUAAAUCACAGGAUCUUCCUAACUCAUUUCCCCAUCUAUAAAAUGAGGAAUAAAAAGUUUUGCCAUAGUAUUUUCACAGAGAGGUUAAAGUGAAUAUGCUAAAGGACUGGCCAAGGAGUUUGAUUAUUUCAAAGAAGAACUCAAUGUAAUAACAAUUUAAAAUACUACCUUUUUUUAAAAAAACGAAAAUGGAUAUUCUCCAAUUAUUUUUUUUUCUAUGUUGCCCUUCUAGUUCUUUCAUUCUUACCCUGGGAUACAAAUGUAUUUUUAAAAGUAGACUAACAUCUAGUUCAUAUGACUAGAGUUUUGAUGAAUGAAUAGAUGAAGAAGAAUGUAUUAAGUAAUUUCUAUGUGUAAAGCAUUGAAUUAAGGGCUAUAGACAAAUAGAAAAGUAAGGCCGCUUCUGCUUUCAAGGAGCUCAAUUCAAAAGGAACAGAGAAAACGUGAAAGGUUUCAGCUGCAAGUUGGACGGAAAGAUCACCUGAAUAUAAGCAAAACAAAUUUAAUGAAAAGACUACACUGGACACAAGAUUUAUAAUAAAUCAAAAGUACCUCUACCAAUCAUAUUUAAUUUUUCCUAAUCAAAGCUAUUAUAUUUAAAUUAUUUUUGACAAAAUAAAUUACAAAGUCAUCUAUUGAUAUACUUUCUUCAAAAAGAUUUUCCUACUCCUUUUCAACCAUGUUUAUACAUUAUAAAAAAUAGGAUAAAUCUAUAACUACUUAAGAGUCUGCAUUCCUAAUAGAUCAGUCAUAACUCAUAUCACUUUGACCUUGAGGAUAUAAAGGUUUAAAAUUGAAUUAUGUCUCCAUCAUUGCUCAAGUGAUAUGUUCAUCCUACUUGCUCCUUAGAAUAACAAGAUAGGUCCUAAAGAAAAUCAUGCUCCAUUCUUCACCUUUAAAACUUUUGUUUCCCUUAAAUGCCACAAAUCAAAUUUACUUGAGAAAACAAGAGUUUCUUGCCUUCGCUGAGAUUAUUAUAUUCAGAAAAGCUUAGACUAUAGAAUGUUAGAAAAUAUAUGGAGUUUAGAGCUAUUAUAUAUGAAUGCUAUUAAACCUUAUUUUACAGAUUGGAAAUUUGUCAAGAUUGUCAAAUGAUUUCCCCUCCCCCACUUAGAUAACUAAUUAAUUAUAAAAUUCAAACUAGAAUUCAGAUUUUUUGACUCUGUCCCAUACUUUUUUUUUACUAUAUUGAUUCAUUUAAUUAAGUGAAUGUUUAUUAAAUAUAUAUUCUGUAAAAGACAGUUGAAAACCUGGCUGAUUUUGCACUAUGCUUAUAGAUAUGUUUUAUGUGUGCAUUAUCAGUAAUAUUUUAUUCUAAGAAUUUUAACUGCAAUUUGUUAGAGCUGAAAAGAUCCUUAGCUAUUAUAUAGGCUGUAAUCAUUCUACAGAAAAGAAAUCUAUGGAACAGAGAGGGAAAGUGAAUUGUUAAAGGUUGCAAAGCUAAAGAGAUUAUAUGCCAAAAGAAGUGAUAUUAUGCCAUUCUGUUGUUUUGAUAUUAUUUGCUAUUCCUUGUGAUUUCUAACCUGAUUGAACCUUCACCACUCAGACAGUAUUCAUAAAUAAUGGACUUGGAGAAGUACCUUCUUUCUAACUUCUAGAGAGCCUUUGUUCUUGUUGCUCUGCCUACGAUCAUGAUGUAAUAUAUUUUAAACUAACCAUUUUUUUCUCUGAAAGAAACUUCAGUUUAGUCAUUGAAGAACAAGAAGUGAAGUUUGUUCAUCUAUAUAAAAUUAUUGACAGAAUAAAUAGUAGUGGCAGAGAUGGAUCCUAUAAGAUACAUGGAUUAAGAGAGAAGACAACACAUUUUCAUAAAAAGAUACACCCCAAACAGACCCAGUCUAAAAUAAUAAUAAACAAGGAAUAUAAACAAUGGCAAAUGGCAUGGGAAUUACUUGCAUGCUAAGUGAUAAUUACAACAUAUUCUAACAUAUGUUAACAGGCACAACCUGUGUUUUGUUUCCAUAAAGCUGGUAGAUUAGCAAAGCAUUCCCUAAAAUGAAGUGCUACUGUGCCAUGUUAAGCAAUAUGCAUAGCUCAUUCUUUCAGCACAUUUUAUUCAAAAACCUGGUUGUCUGUAUUGGCUUUUGUACUGCCAAGGCUAAAUCAUUGAAUAACUUGUCAUCAAGUUAUGAUGGCAGCAUUUAAAAAUACUUGCAUCAUUUUUAUUGAUACACAAAACCCAUGUAAACAAAUAAACACAGGCUGUUCUUUCCAGGUCUACAUUUUUGGAGCAAUGAUUUGGAACUGAAGAGGGGGAAAAGAGCUAAGUCUUAAGUGUUACCUUAGCAGCUUGUCUAAAGCCCUUUCUCCAUACUGUUACAGGAUUUCUUUAGUCUACAAAAGAUGGGAUAUGCAGCCAAAUCACUUCCCAGGGUCCAUUGCUCUUCUCUCAAAUCAUUCUAAAUUUAGUCAGCAAUUACUAUUUGGGUUCUGUUGACAUAGCAUGAAGGGUCAACAAGAGGAGACCAGAAACUCAUUAGGAACCCAACAGAACAAUUAGGAAUUGAUCACUGAUGAAAAUUCACAGUUUCACUAGGGGGAAGAAAAGUGCUGGUAGUACCCUUCCUACAUAGACACAAUAAAUCAGCAGUAGCAGCAGCACCACAUUCAUCAAACCACUGAAACAGAAACCAGAAUAGAGCUUUACAACCCAGUUUUUUGAAAAUAAAGUUAGACCUGAAUGGCCAUUUGAGCUGGGAGAGUGUCUCACUUACCCCCAGGGUUCAGCAUGGCAUUUGGAGAUUCUUUGCAAUGGCUGACAGGUCAGUGCCCAGAAGUUUCAGCAAUACUUCAGUCUAAUGCCUGGCUAUAUCAUUCACACUAUUCUGAAGUUUCCUGUCAAAGAAUACUCCUUGUAUGUGAAUCACAUAUCCAUUUUCUCCCAUUUUGCCCAAUCCAAAAGAAGCCCCCUUCCCCACCAGGUAAAAGUAAUUGAAGGUAUGUUUCUGUUAGGAAACGUGUAUGAAAAUAUGUGGGAGUUGAAAAAAUAUAAAUGGAAGCAAGUAGAUUUCAUUGCAAUAAUGUUGCAUGCCAAAUGUAUUCUAUGUCCUCACAUCUAGUGUUAGAUCCACAUACCCAUGUUAAAAACAUUGUCUGCCAAAAUGUUUCCUUUGAUACUGAAACCGCAAUUAAUCAAUUCCUCAUCUUGGUUUCAUUGAUUCUUUUUUUAAAAACCCUUAACUUCUGCCUUGGUAUCAAUUCCAAGAUACAAGAGUGGCAAGGGCUAGGUAAUUGGGGUUAAAGUUAUUUGCCUGGGAUUGCAUAUCUAGGAAGUAUCUGAGGCCAGAUUUGAACCCAAAUCCUCUUGAUUCCAGGCCUGACACUCUAUCCACUCUGCUACCUAGCUGCCCUGUUUCAUUAAUUCUUGAAAAGCCAAGCAUAAUGAUAACUGAGAUGUUUGAGUAAAAUGCAUAGUUCAAUUGAAAGUGUUAAAAAUGACUACACAAAUUAUUGGACUCAGUUCCUUUUACUGAGCACACUAGUCAUAACUUUUUUUUUUGGUUGUAAAUGAAUGUUUGGGGUUCCAUUUCACCCCCAGACUCAUCAUUUCAUCUGUGUAGGGAAUCUCUGAUAUAAAAAAUUCCUAUACAUGUACAGAUGAUCAGUUCAGAGUUUUAGACAGUUACUUGAGAGUACUGAGAGUUUAAGUGCUUAUGCCCAUGAUCAUAUAGUUAAUAUGUAUCUGAGGCAGUACUUGAACCCAGUUCCAUCCUCCUGACUCUACUCUGCCUCAUAACAAAAUGAGUUAUUGUAUUUAAAUGAUCAACAUUUCCACAUACAUAUAGAAACUGCCAGAGCAGAGAAGGCAAAAGAAAAAUUAUAAUUUUAACAUUUUAAUUCCAGAAAUGCCGAAAGAAUGAACACUUUGACUUCAUAAUUAGGCAUUGGAAUAAUAGAAAUUGGAGAACUAUUUCAGACCUCAGGAAAUAAUGCCUACAUUUAAUCUCAUCGUGGUGCUGCAUGACAGAGUUUAAAGACAUCAAAGUGUCAUGAUUCAUACCAUUAACACCUCCAGCUUUCCAGCAGCACCUUUGAUAUGAUAUAACCUCAUUUGAACAGAAAUGACAAUGGUCUUAGCUCAUCUUUGUUCAAAAGCAUUUUUGACUAAGAGUGCUGAGAAAUCCCAUUCACAUUCAUUUUAUUCAGGUUUGUUGAAGCCUGGAUCUCCAUGCCUAGUGAGGUGUACUUUUAGAAUAAGGGUGCUUAAUAGGAUUUAGAGUGCAUAACUAGCUUAAAAGCUAUACAAAUAGUACAGGCCCUCACAAAAACUUAUUGUGAUUUAUUUCAGGGGGGUACUUUGAGCUCAUCCUCUUGAAAAACGCUGUUAAGAGUGUGAUUACAGUAAGCAGGGCAUGAGCUACUACCUACCCCUUAGUUUAUUUGAUUGUUUGGAGUUGUUUUUGCCUCAUUAGAGAAGUCUUAGUGUGUUGUGCUGUACCCAGAUUCUCAAACAGUGUACAAAUAAAGCAGAAUUCAUGGCAUUUUUUUUAAAGGAAAAAUUUUAGGAGUAAUAUGAAAAGCUUAGUUUCUAUUUGUCAUGAAAUGCAAAAAGAAUCUUAGGAGCCCAUUCAGACUAUUUCAUUUCCAAGGGUUAUUGAGCCUGCAGCUCAAUAUAUGUUCCUUGUCUUUUUAGUUUUUCUCUUGUUAUCUUUCUGUCAGAAGAUUGUCAACCAUUUUAAAUAAAUAACAUCAUUUCAAAUCAA